AUGGACGAAGACGUCAACACGGUCAGUCCAACGCUCGGCUUUAUCAUCAAGACCAUUGACUUCCACGGCUACAAGCUCAAUAUCUGGGACGUCGGAGGCCAAAAGACCAUCAGAUCCUACUGGAGAAACUAUUUUGAAAAGACAGAUGCCCUCAUUUGGGUGGUAGAUGCCACUGAUAAGCUGCGCAUCGGAGACUGCAAAGCCGAGCUGAAGGGCUUACUACAGGAAGAGCGUUUAGCCGGUGCGAGCCUGUUGGUGUUCCUGAACAAGACCGAUGUGGCCGGCGGGAUGGGCGAACAAGAGGUCACAAAGGCCCUGGAACUCGAAAGAAUCCUGACCCAUCGAUGGGUGGUGGUCCCCUGCAGUGCCAUGACAGGAGAGAAUCUGGAAAAGGGCCUAGACUGGGUGGUGCAGGAUGCCAGAGACCGGCUGUUCUUGUAUUGA